AUGUCUGAGACUGAGAUGACGAGAAAGGAUAUUGGUGAGAACGGAGAUGCCAAUGUGGAUAACGGGAAUAUUGACAAAGGCCCGCGUGGCUCUGUUGCUUCGGAAAUAAGUAGCUUCCAGAUGGAGACAGAUUCACUACUUUGUGGAUGGCUUAGCCUUCGACCGUCAUGGAUGCAACGUUUCGCAACUCCAAACUGGUUAACAACGAUACUGGGGACGUUGAUGUUUAUACAGGGGUUUGCCAUCAACGGGAUCGUGUACAUGAGUUUGUCAAGCAUUGAGAUUCGGUUCGGACUUACCAGCACAGCAAUAGGAAUCAUCGUGGCCACCUAUGAUUUUACAGUCAUGGUUCUCAUUGUAUUCGUCUCGUACUUCGGUGCCACGAGGAAUAAACCCAAAUUACUUGGCAUUGGAGCUGUGAUCAUGGGGUGUGGAUCCUUAACGUGGGCUAUCCCACACUUCACUACUGGUCUGUACGAUUACGACGCUGCGUACGGCGAAGGAGACACUCUAUGCGUGCCUGGUAGAAACACUUCACAAAUAAUAAGUGACUGCAAGGAAGAGGAAUGGGGGGACCUGUCAUAUUAUUUUUUCGUUUUCGUAUUUGCUCAAGUGCUUCAUGGAAUUGGUGCAUCACCUAUAUACACGGUGGGAUACGCAUUUUCUGAUGAGAAUGCAUCUCACAGAAGAGCGGCUUGGUAUUUAGGUAUACUAAGCGCAUGCUCCGUGUUUGGUCCUACUGUUGGAUUUCUGGUUGGUUCCUAUUUCCUCACUAUUUAUGUAGACCCACUUCACCAAGACGAUUUGACGAUAGAUAAUACAGAUCCGAGUUGGGUUGGUGCCUGGUGGAUCGGAUUCAUAUUAGCAUGGAUCUUAGCCUGGCUCAUAUCCUUACCGGUAGGAGCGUUUCCUCAAGAAUUACCAGGAACUAAACACAUCCAGCAUGAACGUCAGUCGCAGGCACAUCACAAUGACGACACGGAAUUACUUCAAACAAGAGCAGACUUUGGGGAAGGAUGGAAAGACAUGUGGCCAGCAACUAAAAUGCUUUUCAAGAAUCCAUUUUAUUGUUUCAUGGCCGCCAGUAAAACAGCUAUAACAUUUGUGGUAGUUGGAUUCCUUCCUUUUAUUGUCAAGUUUAUUGAAAACCAAUUCGGUCUUACAGCAUCCCAGGCUGGCCUGAUACUGGCUGCGACUUCCAUGCCUGGCGCUGCUGGAGGAACUUUACUUGGUGGAUGGGUUAUUAAAAAAUUCAACUUGAAAGUCAUAGGCACAACACGAUUCUGCCUAGCUGCAUCAUUUAUAACGAUGUGUCUGUUUCCAAUAUUUCUUCUACAAUGUCCGGAACAACAAGUAGCGGGCGUCAUUACAUCGUACAACAGUUCAGAUACGAGUGAUCUUGACGAAGUCAACCUUAACCAUCCAUGUAACUCUGUGUGUGGUUGUGCUGGUACUGAGACAUUUGAUCCAGUCUGUGGAACCAAUAAUCUGCUAUAUUUUGAUGCGUGUUAUGCUGGUUGCCUGGAUACCCCGGAUGAUGGAGAGACGUAUUACAACUGCAGUUGCAUCUUUUCGGAAAACGAAAGUGGUGACUCGCCGGAAGCUCUAUCUGGAAAGUGCGUAUACGAUGGUUGCUGGCAACUUCCGGUGUUCGCUGUAGGAUUUUUCCUCAUUAUGCUGAUGAUGUUCUUGUUGAUGGCCCCAAGUAAUAUUUUGACAAUGAGGUGUGUACCAGAUCAGCAGAGGUCACAUGCCCUUGGAAUGUGUUCGAUUAUUUAUCGAUGUUUUGGAUCUAUCCCAGGGCCGAUUGUUAUCGGCGCAGUAAUUGACAGUUCGUGCUUACUAUGGCAAGAGGUCUGUGGAGAUAGCGGUACUUGCUGGAUAUAUGAUAACCACGAGUUUGGUUUGAAAUUUGUCGUUAUCGGAGCUAUAGGUACUGGUAUUGCCGUACUUUGUUGUCUGGGUGGUCUUCUAACUUACAAACCACCACCAGAGCCAUCUAAAGAUGAAAAGUUAGAUUCAGCUAAUGGGGAACCAUUGUCGACGAUGGAAACUGAGACAACCUCAGCUAUAAAAAGGGAGAGAAGCACAGUGUCACUUCUUGGAUACACGAAAACAGAUCCGAACAAUGAGAUCACCGAAACCAUGCCAGAAAACAGGUUAUAA